GCCAUUUCUCUGGGAGGAGGGAGAAGAUGGUUAGAUCUUUACGGCAGGAGAACAAACUGUUGACUGGAGGCUCACUGUGCGAACAGGCCUGCACGCCAGGACCCCGGGCAGUGCCAGGACCCCAGCAUCGCAGCACUGGAGGGCUUUCUCAGCGGAUGGAGGACAAUGUCCUCUCUGGAAGGAAGCGCCUUGCUUGAUGUAGGAAUUGGGCAUUCUCUCAGGCGUACAUGAGGACAUCCCUGCAGAGAAGUGGCACAUGCUGGGGAACUCGACUUUCUUGAGGACUUGCUCUCUUCUUACAAGUCUUAGACUGGCCCUGUCCACAAAACAACAUGAAGGAGUGUGUGCUCCUGGUUUUCUUGGCUUUGUGCUCUGCCAAACCCUUACUUCGUCCUUCAUACAUGACGCUGAAGAAUAUGAUGCUGAAGGACAUGGAAGAUGAAGGUGAUGGUGACGGUGAUGUUGACAACUCUCUUUUUCCAACAAGAGAGCCAAUUAACCCCUUCUUCCCAUUCGAUCUGCUUCCAACAUGUCCCUUUGGAUGCCAAUGCUACUCAAGAGUUGUGCACUGUUCUGAUCUAGGCUUGUCCUCUGUCCCAAGCAACAUUCCUUUGGAUACUCGAAUGGUUGACCUUCAAAACAAUAAAAUUAAGGAAAUCAAAGAAAAUGAUUUUAAAGGACUCACUUCACUUUAUGCUUUGAUCCUGAACAACAACAAGCUAACGAAGAUACACCCCAAAGCCUUUCAAACCACAAAGAAGUUGAGAAGAUUGUAUUUGUCCCACAAUCAACUAAGUGAAAUACCACUUAAUCUUCCUAAAUCAUUAGCAGAACUCAGAAUUCAUGAUAAUAAGGUUAAGAAAAUACAAAAGGAAACAUUCAAAGGGAUGAAUGCUUUACACGUUCUGGAAAUGAGUGCAAACCCUCUCGAAAGCAAUGGGAUUGAGCCAGGGGCGUUUGAAGGGCUGACAGUGUUCCAUGUCAGAAUCGCAGAAGCAAAACUGACCUCAAUUCCUAAAGAGCUACCAUCAACUUUAUUAGAGCUUCAUUUAGAUUAUAAUAAAAUUUCAAAUGUGGAACUCGAGGAUUUUAAACGAUACAAAGAUCUGCAAAGGCUGGGCCUAGGAAACAACAGAAUCACAGAUAUUGAAAAUGGGAGUCUUGCUAACAUACCACGCAUAAGAGAAAUACACCUGGAACACAAUAAACUAAAAAAAAUCCCUUCAGGAUUACAGGAGUUGAAAUACCUCCAGAUAAUCUUCCUUCAUUCGAAUUCAAUUACGAAAGUGGGAGUGAAUGAUUUCUGCCCAACAGUGCCAAAGAUGAAGAAAUCUUUAUACAGUGCAAUAAGUUUAUUCAAGAACCCGAUGAAGUACUGGGAAAUACAACCAGCAACAUUUCGUUGUGUUUCGAGUAGAAUGAGUGUUCAGCUUGGGAACUUCAGAAAGUAGUAAUUACCAAUGAAUAAUGUCCAUUUAAUAUAAAAUUUAAAAGCUGUUACAUUUAGGAUACUUGAGCUCUAUUAAUAAUGGUGGUAUUAUGCUCAGAAGCAAAAAUCUAUUCCCAUGUGGUACAUCCAGUGACUUUACUUUAGGACAAAAAAUUUCAUCAGAAUUUUGCAAAACUAUUGAUACAUCUAAAUUAAGAGAAACAGCAUCAAUUGCAGUUUUCUUAUGCACACAAAUGAUUUUGCAUAAAUCUCAUGCUUGAAUAUUCUCUCAAAAAAAUAAAACAUUCAGUAUUUAACACUUUAUUAUCAAGUAAAGGGUGUCCCAAAAUUCACGCAAGAAGUAAUUUUGAUAGAAAACACAGGUUUAUAAUUAAAAAUUGUAUUUUUUAUUGAUUCAUAAAGUAUACAGUAUAGGGUUAUGUAUGGAAUAGCACAUCAGGUAAAUGGCCUCCUCCGCUUUGCUGGCACAUACACAAAGCCAUGGUCUUCAUUGUCCCUGCUCCUGGGCCAUAAUAGUACUUGGUAAUGCUUAUCAAAUUGAAGGGAUUGAAAUCAAAGGGCAACAGAUAUUAGAAUCUGAUUCAAUGAACCAAGUAAAAUUAGGCUUUUAUUUUUUGUUGUUGCUAAUGCUCACGCAAAAUUCAAAUCUUGUGUGAAUUUUGGGACACCCUUUAUAUUUUCAAAAGAACUGUACUAUAAAUGGAAUGCCUGAUGUAGCAAAAUCUGUACUCUUUCAUUUGUUGUUAAAAAAACAAAAUUAACAAGCACACUGAUAUGAAGAAUACAGUAUACUAUUCCCAUUCUUUCUUUAAUAACUUAGGUAAUACUGUAAUAUUUCCAAUAAUGGUAAAGUAUAGAUUGAUAUCAUGUAUUCAACUUCUGUCUUAGAGUCUUACUGUCUUUAUGUUUAAAACUAAUCCUUUCUAAUAAAAUCAUCAGUAAGUGCAUACGACCAACUCGACAGAGAUUGAGCUGGUUUUUGAGCUACAGCACAUGCUUUUCUUUUUUAAUUAUUAUUAUUCAGUUAUGAAACCUCUAUGAAAUGUGCAGUGCUUAUGUAAGCUCUGAAACUCACAUUUUCUAUUAUCACAGUUAUUCUAAGCUGUUACAGUAUGUCAGUGGUUAGGUUGCAAGCAUUGUCACCACAACACGAAGGAAUACUUCUGAGAUGUCCCUCUGGAAGUUCGUGGUUGGAAGAGCCUAGUCACUCUAAAUUCUGCACAGACUGGAUGAUUCUAAAAAACACACCUGGCAUAACUAAACAGGCAGAGCAUUAAAUGAAACACAGAAACUAAAUGCUCUCAAUAAAACUUAAGAGUACUUUAUAUAGUUUUUAUUGGCAUUCAACCUACAUUAAGUAAAACUAGAAAAUCAAAUAAACAUUAAAAUUUUGGUUUGAAAUAAAA